GGACCAAUGGCCGACCCCCGUUCUCAGGCUCCUUCAAUCGGAGGCAGCGAGAGGCGGGCCGUUGCUAGGGGCGAGGUUAGGUUGAACUUGCGCCUGGCAUUUAGUGCGUGAAAAAUUGCUGUUUUUUCCAGUGGAAUGUAAGUUAUUUGAUCUGUUUUUCAAAUUGUAAAAAAAGGAAACCUGUUUUUAAUUUAUUUUUACCAUCCCUCUGGGGCCAGAGCUGAAGUGAAGGUGCUCCCUGAAGCCUGGAUUGCACCAGAGUGAAUUGGCACGCGGUGUGUUUUGGUGCUGGCAGAUAAUUGAAUUGUAUUGCAGAGCCCUGGUGGAGCUUUUCCAUAUCCAUUAAUCCACAGAACGCAGAGGUCAGUGCUCCGCGAUGAACAAGCUACGGCAGAGCUUCCGCCGGAAGAAAGAGAUCUACGUGCCGGAGUCGAGCCGGCCGCACCAGUGGCAGACAGACGAGGAGGGCGUGCGCGGCAGGAAGUGCAGCUUCGCAGUUAAGUACCUGGGCCAUGUGGAAGUGGAUGAGUCCCGAGGAAUGCAUAUCUGUGAAGAUGCCGUGAAGAGACUGAAAACGGACAGGAAGUUCUUCAAAAGCUUCUUUGGAAAAGCUGGAAAGAAAGCAGUGAAGGCUGUCCUCUGGGUAUCGGCGGAUGGACUCAGGGUCGUUGAUGACAAAACAAAGGACCUGAUUUUGGACCAGACGAUAGAGAAGGUGUCUUUCUGUGCCCCAGACCGGAACUUUGACCGGGCCUUCUCGUACAUCUGCAGGGAUGGCACCACGCGCCGCUGGAUCUGUCACUGUUUCAUGGCUGUCAAGGACUCUGGGGAGCGUCUGAGCCAUGCGGUGGGCUGUGCCUUUGCCGCCUGCCUGGAGAAAAAGCAGAAGAGAGAGAAGGAGUGCGGGGUGACGGCUACCUUUGACGCCAACAGAACCACCUUCACCCGCGAGGGCUCCUUCAGGGUCACCACGGCAACGGAGCAGGCUGAGCGGGAGGAGAUCAUGAGGCAGAUUCAGGACGCCAAGAAAACUGAAGCGGAUGUAAAGACCCCCGCUCCACCAAGUACAAACACAACUACUGCUGCUGCUGUGGUGAACCCAACGGCUCCAACUCCCACCCAUCCCUCUCCCUCCUCGUCCCCCCCAGCCGCUGGCCUCCAGGACAACAACCCCCACGCCAUCCCUCGCCGCCAUGCCCCCAUGGAGGCCCUCGCUCGCCAGGGCUCCUUCCGAGGCUUCCCCGCCCUCGGCCAGAACACCUCCCCCUUCAAACGACAGCUCUCCCUGCGCAUGAACGAGCUGCCCUCCACUGUGCAGCGCAAGUCAGACUUUCCCAUCACGAACUCUGUCCCCGAGGUUGAGGGGGAAGCCGACAGUAUCAGCUCCCUGUGCUCCCAGAUCACCACUGCCUUCAGUGCCCACCCUGAGGACCCCUUCUCAUCAGCGCCCAUGUCUAAGCCUGCCUCCUCUCCACAGUCUCCCGCUGCUCAAGUUAAUGGUGCUGCCUCUGCCUUCCCCCUGCCUGUUGCUAACCCAGUCAGCACUGCCGCUGUGGUGGCGGCAGCAGCACCACCACCACUGCCUGCCCGCGACACAAACCCCUGGGCUCAGGGACCCAGUGCCACUACUAACCCAGGUGGAAAACAGCUGACUCACAGGAGGACCCCCUCAGAGGCAGACCGCUGGCUUGAAGAGGUAUCCAAGACGGUCCGAGCCCAACAGCAGCCAGGCAUACCCCCUGUCGGUAUGGCCAUGCCUCUGCCAGCACAGCCCUUUCCUAUCAACACCUUCAUGGCUCCACCGCCAGCAGCUGUGCCUAUGAUCCCCCCGAGACAGCAGCCUGCCUUCCUCCCUCCUCCCCAGGGCUAUUCUCUGGUGAAUGGGAUCCCGUACGGGCAGCCCAGCGUCCCUGUGGUGGGCAUCACCCCCUCCCAGAUGGUGGCAAAUGUCUUUGGCACUGCCACACACCCCCAGGUGAUCUCGCAGCCCUCUCCAGCUAACUUCCCCAAACAGAAUUCAUUCCCCCAGUACGAGGUGCAAUCCAACACAAGCCCCUUCUACAAACCAUCUCAGCAGCAGCCGCAACCGCCACCACAGCCCAAUGGAACCGUUGCCUUCAACGGAGCUGAAAGCUGGAGCCAGCCCUCCUCUGCUCAGCCCAUCGACCCCUUCGAGGCCCAGUGGGUGGCACUGGAGAGCAGGUCCAGGCAGCGCACCUCUCCCUCUCCCACAAACCCCUUCUCCACUGACCUACAGAAAACCUUUGAGAUCGAACUUUAAAAGGCAGGCAAGGGGUAGGAUGCCCUCUGCUGCAGAGUGAACUUGUAAACUGGACAGUCAUUUAAAAAAAUAUAAUAAAUAUAAUAAAAUCUAAAUACUGUAUCUACUGCAGGUGGAAAACGGGAAUGAAGAGCUGCUUGCUUUCGUUUUGUUUUCUUUUUUUGAAUUCCCAAAAGCAGCAUCCGAAACCUUUUUCCGACUAGACACUUGUGGAUGUGUCGCAGCGACACGGGGAUCGUGAAACUGAUCCUAGGGUGGGGUUGGUGGUGUUUUUAAAAGGACCCAUGAGUGCCCUGAAAAUGGUAUGAUCACCUCUCCAGUCCUUUCUUGUUAGUUACAGAGCCCCCUGCAGGCAGAGGUGGGAUACUAAAGCCCCCAUAUCUGAGAGGCCGCAGCACUGAACAGGACACUUGAGCUUCCAUGCUAUGUUUAGAGGUUUAAAAAAAAACAUGGGAGAGAAUGCCGAAAUCUUUAUUUUUAUGCAUUUAGUAUAUUUUAAAUAGUUGUGGAGUUAAACAGAGACGAGCUGUAAGUAAUCUUGCCAAAGGUGAGGACUAGCGAUGUGAAAUGUGUAUAUACAGAGAUUGAUUUAUCACUGAUUGUAUUGUAAAUGGGAGGGAGGGUAUUUUUGUUGUUGUCCCCUGAUUGGACACCAUGUAGUGUAAGUAGUUUUAAAUUGCAGCAACAAUCAUGACCAGUAAUCUAGCACCUAUGUAUUCUACUCGGAGAGCAGUAUUGUCACAAUGGAUUGAAUCCAGGAGCAGCAUUGUCUUUUAUUUUCACUUUGUUCUUUUUACUAUUUCCUUUGCCCCAGAGUCUAUUUUGUGUAGUCUUAAUGGCUUUUUAUGGCUUUUAACACUAUUGUCAAAUUGAAUGCUAUCUGUGUACAUUUUUGUUUUGUUUUUGUUUUUUCUACAAAAGGAUGUAUACAAAGAAGUUGCAAAUGAACAAAUGCAAUAGUAACUGUAAAGAUGGGUACAGAAUUAUCUGCAGCUACAAGCCCCAGAAUCUUCUGAAACCUCCAUUCACUUUAUUCCAUUUGGUUUAUAAAAUAUGAAAUGCAUUUAAAAUAACUUUAAAGUAAGGGCUCUGUGACACAUGCACACCCCUCCCUUUUCUCUUCAGUAUAAGCCUUACAAUUACUGUAAUCUGAAUCCUUCAACUUUUUUUUUCAACAGAUUGAAUAAAAGAUGGUGGCAGAAACAAA